AUGGACAAGAAGUUGUCAUUGAAAUUAAAUGGUGGCAGACAUGUCCAAGGAAUGAUGCAGGGAUCUGAUCCCUCUAUGCAUCGUGUGAAGGCAGCGACCAGUGGUCGAGAGCACAAUGUUGGAAUGGUGGUACUGCUCGGAAGCAGUACCGUGUUGGAAGCGCUGGAAUGA